GGAAAAUUCACAUUCAGUAGUGAACGAAUCGUCCGGGUAACCAUUUGGCAGACGCGACUAGCAGUGAACGGAAAGUAAUUCGAAUAGAAGCGACACUCGGGCUCGGAUCUACUUACAUUCACAGCUCGAGAGAAUCCCGGUUUAACGACUCAGAGUCUGUUGAACUUUUACAUUUCGCGUUCGGACGUCGAAUUUGUGUUUCGUUUGCACGGUUCGUGUUAAAACUAGCUAACUAACCCUACUUCUGCUUCAAACUAACCUCAACACACAUCAACCGCCCAAUCCAGCUAGCCAAGAUGAGCCGCCGUCCCGGAAUGCGCACCCGCGUCUAUGCAUCCAAUCUGGGUGUGGUGGAGAACAACUACAAGGAAGCCCUAGCUCGGCUCGAGAGAAGCCGCAGACCCUCAUCAGCCGAUCGGGAAACCAGCAAACGCGUUUCACCCUUCGCCUCCCGGCCCGUGUUCGAUUUCAACGGAGCCGAAUUCGAUGACGAUCUGCAGGCAGCCCGUUCCCGUGCCUCCCGGGUCAUCCACGAGAAGUCCAUCAUCGAUGCACGCUCGGAUCAACUGCGCAGUCACAGUCUGGCCCCGGUUGUUAGCCCGGUUAGCAGCGCCCUGCUGGAGAGCGAUUUCGACGAUCAGGUCCAAGCCACUCUUGAUCGGAUCCGGGCAAACAAAAACUUGCUGAGCCAACUAAAAUCCGAAGAUGCUCUGGAGCAAGUCCGCUCUGAAACCCGAUCCAAGCUGAGCGAACAAACCAGCAGAAAAUUAGCGGAAAAACUAUCCAGCCUCGACGAUAUCGAUGGUUACGCCAACGGUACCGAAACAUCUGUGAGGAAAACUUUGAAGAUUAGAGCAUCCGCCGAUAAUGCCCGGAGUGCCCUCAAGUGGAAAGACGAAACAGCGGAAUCGUUCGCUGCCAAGCGAGCCAGUGCCACCAAGGCCCGCCUUCAGGAUCUGGACCAGGAGAUGCAGGAGUACGAAGAGAAGCAAGCUGCCCGAGCCCGUCGUUCGGCUCAGCUGAAGAAAGUGCUGGCGGAAGUGGCCUGUGAUGAGUUGAUUCCGGCCACAACCACCGAACAGGCAGGGACCAAGGUCACUACCGGAAUGGUGCGAUUCAAGACACACAAGAAGGUGGUGUCCUUCUAGAGACGUUUUCUCACUGGUAGGGUUAGAACAUUUUAAAUUUGUUAUGCUUUUGUGCAAUGUAUAAAUUUUAUGACAUGAAAAAAAAAUUUCAGGAUAGCCUGUAACAAGUUCGCAGCAUAUGUAUAUUCAUUCAAUUGGCAGUAGGUAUGGUUUGUUUUUCCCCCGAUCCUUCGGUGUCUCGCAUUCGCUAGAGAAUAUGAAUAAAAAUUACAAUUAAGUCACAGAUUAAAAGUAAAAAUAGAAACACACGACCCCGUUCUAUGAACCAAACAAAGCGAUUUGUUUCAGAGUAGGUAAAGAGAAAAAAAUAGUAUGAUCACUGAAAAGACUCGUUAGCAGAUUCCUGUAGAUGAGAAUGAUAAACCGGACGCGAGUGUGACAAAUCACUUUGCUAUUCUAUUUCCUUUCCUUUCUAUCAGUUCGUGUCCUGUCAAGUGAUGAAAAAGUAGUUGGCUACUCUUACACGACCAAUUUCACAACAGAAUAAACAAAAUGGAAAUUUAAACAGCAGCAGUAUCGGACUGUACACUUUGAGGUUUCCUUUCUCUAAUAUAAUUUUAGAAAAUCUAGAAACAGAUAAAGGAUAGGAAUUUUAAAUAUUUUAUAUCUAGCUUCAAUUACUCUGGUAAGCUGACAUUUAAAUAAACUAUUUUAAUAAAAUCA